AGCAGAACAAUGCAGCAUUUCCUGCGGAGCCCAGCAGUCACAACAAGAGGAGGAAGAGGAAAAACGACAGCUCUGGGUCGUCGUCGACUGCCUUGCGUGACAACACAGGGAUCGCGUUCAGGCUUCGGGUUGCUCCUCUUUGACCUGCAACAUGUCCGAUUUACUGAGAUACAUCGACUAUGACCACAAAGCCACCUUCCUGAAGAUGCUCAACCAACAGAGGAUGGAAGGUGAGCACUGCGAUGUGGUGGUGGUGGUGGAAAACAUAGAGUUCAGGGCUCACCGCUGUGUCUUGGCAGCCUGCAGCAACUACUUCAAAAAGCUCUUCAAGAAGCAGAGCGACGAGGACAACUCCAUCGUGGAGCUGGACUUCAUCCGCUCGGACAUCUUCGAAGAGGUGCUCAAUUACAUGUACACAGCCAGGCUCGCCGUGAGGAAGAAGGACAUCAACAUGAUGAUGUCGUCCGGCCAGAUCUUGGGGAUCAACUUCCUGGACAACUUGUGCACCCAGAAACGGGAGCUGACCAACAUGAAGACCCGGGAGAACCAGGCCCCAGGGGACCACGGGAUGAGAGCUCAGGACGCCAUCCUGAAGGAGCUGGCCAUGGAGGAGGUGAGGAAGAACAGCUUCUAUGACCAGGGGAUGGACGGCAUGGGGCCGGGCGGCUCGCAUGUGUCGCAGCCGCACAACUACAACACCAACAUGGGUAAAGAUCCUCACAGCCACGGCUGGGGCUCCUCGUCCUCCAGCGACAUGAAGCUGGAGUACUUGCUGUACGGCCACCGCGACCACGGCUCCUGCCAGAGCACAGGGGCGAAGCCCAUCGACCACAACGCCAAAAAGGAGCGGCUGCUCACCGCCAACCGGCCUUACGGCUGCGAGCACUGCCCCAAAGCUUUCACCACCGCCGCCCACCUCAAGGAGCACCUGAAGAUCCACUCCGGCUUCAAGCCUCACCGCUGCGUGGUCUGCGGCAAGGCCUUCAUCAGGGGCCCCGACCUGAAGAGGCACGAGAGGGUCCACAGCAACGAGAGGCCCUUCGCGUGUCAAAUGUGUGAAAAGGCCUUCAAGCACAAGUCCCACUUGAAAGACCACGAACGGCAGCACCGAGGCGAGCGGCCCUUCAACUGCGGCUCCUGCGACAAAGCCUUCAUCAAAGCGUCGGAUCUGAAGCGCCACUGGAACACCAUGCACAGCGGCAACCCCCGCAGACAGAUGUCCCUGUCUCCCGCCGCCUCCCAGCACGGCCAGGGAGACGCCACCGACCAGAGAGACUGGAAAAUGGAGACCGGGCCACAUUCGCAUAACUCGGGGGACUGUUGAGCCUGCAGACGCACCGAACACGCACGCACACACACACACACACGCACACACACACACACACACACACUGACAUGCAGACACGCACGCACGCACACUCAAAACAUGCAAACACACACUGACACAACCACGACCCUGUGACAGGCCGAGGGCCUGACAUCACAUGGACAAUGAUCAGAGUGAGUAACCAGAGAUCAUAGCAUGUUCAUAAGACUGUGGGGAUGUAUUAUUAUUCUAUAAAGUUAUGUCAAAACAAUGUUUUCUUUCCACCUGUAAAAUCAUGUAAAUGUUUAGUUCACUCUACUAUACAUAUAUUUUUCACAAAGCAUCGUUGCUAUCUAGACUGGGGGUUGUCAUAACAUUAUUCUCUUUUACUUUUAUGGGAUAUGUAACAUUUAAAUGUUUGUUUAACCUUUACUGGAUUUUAUGGAGAUAAAAGAGAGAAGCAGAGUGUGGG